ACCCUCGACGCCCGGCACGCGCUCCACACCUCCGACCGCAGCUGCGUAUCGCCUCGUCCAAGCUCCAUUCGCCAUGCCGCCGCGCCGCGCAGCCGCGACCGACAGCGUCGAGGCGCUGCUGUCUUCGCUCGACGGCCUGCCCUCCUCGCCCGCGCCCUCGAGCGCCGCUGCUGCGCCAGGCUCCGCUGCGCCGGCAGCCACUGGCGGCGAUGCGCGCAAGGAUGCGCAGAGCCUGCUCGACGAGAUGGACGACCUCGUGCAGCGGCGGGCGCCCACGCCGCGCUCCGCAAGCAGCGCCGCGCCGCGCACAGCGUCGCCGGCCCAGACCACGCCGCUCAGAUCCUCCCUCGCCAGCGGCGCCUCUGCCGCGCCGACGGCAACUGCCGGCUCGGUCGCGCAGCCGCCCGCACCUCUGGCGUCUCAACCAGCGCCGCCGCCGCCUGCCGCCGCUGCGCCGGCACAAUCCAGCAGCUGGUCUCCCUGGGCCAGUGCAUGGUCCAGUGCCACCAAGCUCGCCGAGUCUGCCCGCGCAGAGCUGGAGAAGCUCGAGAAGCACGCGCCGGAGCAGGCGCGUGGCCUGGGCGCCAAGGGCUGGGGCAUUGCCCAGGGCGUCAAGGGCCUGGUGCAGGAGGGCAACUGGGAGAAGAUCGGCGGCGAUCUUACCGCAGCGUCGCGGCGCGGUUUGGAGGAGAUCAUCAACGCCGUGGCGCCGCCCAUCGCGGCACACGAGGUGAUCCAGGUCGCACUGAGCCACGACAUGGUCGGCUACGACGGCAUCUCCGACGUCGUCUUCCAGGUGCUGCAGCGUGUCAUGGAGACGCAGCACGUCGCGGCCCGGUCCGGCGGCGGCAGCGAGCAGCAGCUCGUCGUGAACCGCGCGCCGGGCGCGGUGCGGCACAGCAGUGAUGGCGGCGUCGUGGCGCUGGAGGGCGAGAACGAGGAGCGGGCCUUCCAUGCGGUGCGCGGCUGGGACGCUGCCGCGAAGCGCGCCAGGGCUGCGAUUGCCGAGCUCGUCGAGGGCCAUGAGGCGCCGGCACCCUCAAGCUCGAGCGUCGCGCUACCCAUCACACACUGUCCCGUCUUUGUGCGGAUCCAGCCGGUGCUUGCGCCGCUGCCCUUCGGCGCAGAGCCCACAGCAUCGAGCAGCGCAGCGGCCGAGCAGUUCUCGUUCAUCGUGAUGCUGCACGAUCCGACGCACGCAUGCACACACGAGACGCUGUCGCAGAGCGUGCCCGCCGCCUGGCUGCAGAUCCCCUUCGAGGAGAAUGCGUGGGUGGAGCAGGCGCUCGUCGACGUGCUGCAGGGCGCGCUGAGCGCCAUCGGACAGGACUACGUGUACGCCCGCCAGACCGGGCGCACACGGCGCGAGGCCGAGCUGCGCAGUGCUGAGGCCGGAGCCACACAGCCAGGGCCCGCCCAGCCGGCGCCGGCGUGA